AUGAGCCGCGAGUGGCAAAGAUUCGAGCCCGUCACCAGAAACAUCCUAACAGGCAAACGUCUAUUCCGUUCCUCUGCACCCAACUACAACGAAAGUGCGCCGGACCCCAAGGACGCAUCCCAAAAGUUAACGGUAUCCGCCGUUCGAUAUCUCCAAGACAACGGAAUAGUCGGAAUCAUCAGCUUGAAUGCAUUCCCAUACAAGUACAGCGAACGAUCCCUUCUCUACUCUGUCGGCAUCGAUUACAAGCACAUACCCAUCAAGGAUUUCCACGCCCCAACUCUCGAUGACAUAGACGACGCAUGGGAUUUCUUCAUGGACCACCGAUCGACGUUGGUGCACUGUGGAUAUGGGUGGGGCCGGACGGGGACGAUGAUAACGGCAUUGCAGCUUUGCUGCACGGAUGGGAGGUAUCCAGCGAGCUCUAGCGAGUGGAUGGGUCGCAAUCACGUCGAGAGACCCGAACAAGUAGCGGUGCUGCGCGAACUGCGUUCGGAUGUGAGCAGGUACCCCAAGGAUAAGUAUACGAUGGAGAGGUACUGGAAGCACUGA